UAGCCAAGGUUGAAGCUCUUUUAUUGCAGGAAUCAUUUGAAACUCUUUAUGUAGUGUCUGUAAUUUAUUUAACAAUAGAGGAUAAUAUUCUACCUCCAUAUGAUAAAGUGAAGAGUGGAUAUAUCAGUAUUCGCGGGCUAAAAGCAUUAAAAGUAUUGAAUAUGGAUAGAGAAUUACCUCUCGACUAUACUCAAGAAGAAAUAGAAGAAAAUCUUAAUAAGUUAAAAUCUAAACUCAAGCAUCCUAUAACAGAAGUGGACAUAAACCUUUAUGGUUUACUUAAACAAAGUUUAGCAGGUAUAGAAUCUUCAGAUCUCACAUGGCGAGACCUUGAAGCAAGUAUAGUUUUAAGUGAUAAUUCAGACAUCGUGAAAAACUUGGGAAGUAGUCAAAAAAACAUCUUUAUGGAACUUCGAGAAAAAAUGAAAUGUGUCCUACCUGAUUCAGUUGUCGCUAAGUAUAUUAAUUUUGUGAAAGUUUUCAAUAAUACGAAGAAUGCAGGAUCUAUGAAGAAUAUACUUCACAAUAAAAAAUGGAAAGAAAGUGAGACAGAUUUAGUAAAAAUAACAGAACGUAUUCUAGGCAUAAUUAUAUCCCACAGUGAGCAGAGUGAAGAGACAUACAUUGCAGAUGUUAUAAUUCCUUUACUUCGAACAAGUUUGAGUGAUCUUCCGAAUGGUGCUAUUUGUCUAAAUACAGCGAAAUGUCAAAGUAUAACAAGUAAAGCUCGAAGAAAUCUAAGAAUAAUUGGAGAGUGGAUGGGAAAAAAACCUGAUAUUAUGGGUUUAUUGGAGCAAAAUGAAAAAAUUAUUGAGCUAUUGUAUACUGAGUCAUCACGUAUU